GAGCUACAGACAAGUGAAGUAAAACAUCUGAACACACUGAGUCUGAGCUACAGUCAAACUAUGAACUGCAUAUUUCAACAUACUGAAUCAAACAUGCUUCAUUCUUCAGGUCCAGGAGUCACAGUGGUUGUCUCAGAAGAAAGUGAUGUCAUCUUACCCUGCUCCCUCAGCACCAAUCAGAACCUUGAACAGAAGCUGUUUGAUUGGAGGAAAAAAGCACCAAAUAAACAGGAGGUCUUCAUGUAUGAUGGAGGCCUUCAUUACAAUAAUGGACGUCGAGGUCAAGACGAGCACUUCAGAGGACGGGUCUCACAUUUCCCACAAGAGCUGCAGUUUGGUAACGCCUCCAUCAUCAUCAGAAACACCACGGUGGCUGACAGUGGAGUCUACACCUGUGAUUUUCCACAUCUGCAGCCAGAACAAAGGUUCUGCAUGAAACUUGUUGUUGAACUCACCUUGAAAGAUCGAUCAGGAGAAAUCCCAGGUGCAGCUCCGAAGCCGUUUGUUGGGAUCCUGAACAUCAGCGAGGACGAGGCGCUGCUGAAGUGUGAGGUCAGAGGAGCUUCUCCAAAGCCUAAAGUAGAGUGGAGGGACAGCGAUGGGAACAUCCUUCCUGCUGAGGAGCCACAGGUGUCACGCACAGGAGAGCGCUAUGACAUCACCCUCCUCACCACGGUGACCAGGACAAACAGCAGCCUCUUCCUCUGUGUAGCCACGCAGGAGGAGAUGGGCCAUGUGACCCGUGAUCAGAUCGACGUGCGUUACUGUGGUAAGAUCUUAUUGUGUCGUUGUUUAGACUGUGUUUAAUGUUUGUGUGUAUCCAGUGUGCUGUGUGUGGCGUCCUGCUACAGUCCUGCAUGAACUUUCAUGUGUUUCAGAGAAAACGUCUGAGGUGAAGUCCCACUGUGGAGUCGGUGUGCUCAUAGGUUUGUGGUUUUCUG